AUGCCAUUCCACAAGGCAAGCGAAUCUGACGGAGAAAGACAAGCUUGGCUCAAGCUGAGCCUUUGCGGUUGUUGUAGCCGAGUAUGGGCUAUGGGCCACCACCGCAAGCCUCGGGCCCUCCGCGACGGCGACGCACGAGUGGAGGAAACCCUGCUGGAGGCCGUGGAAGUAGAAGGCGUCGGGCUGUGUGAGGAUGAGGCCCUGCCAAUCGCGAGGACUGAGGCCCUGACAAUGGCGAGGACCGAGGCCGGGCAGCAGCUGAAGCUGAAUUUGUUGAUGCGCACAACGGCGGCGGCGUGUUGCGCAAACUUGGCGCGGAUCUCGACCGUCGAUACCGCUCGGGGGCGCUUCGCCGGGGACAAACUGUAG